AUGGCGGCGGAGGAGCAUGGCAUUACGCUCGAUGAGCUGGACGCGCAAGGGCCUGCGCCUAUGAGCUCGGGCGAUGCAGCUCUGCAUGCGAUGCUCGAGCAGCGGAAGCUGGCUGCCAAAGUGCCUGUGCCUACGUCGGACGUGCAGGUACGUGAACGUCUUCGUCAUUAUGGCGAGCCAGUUACGCUUUUUGGUGAGCGUGAGCCGGAUCGACGUGCACGUCUACUUCAGGUCCUGAUUGCACGGCAUGGGAAACAUGCUGUGAAUCUCUCCCAUGCGCCUACGCAGGGUGCGCAGGACGACCAGGACGACGAUGACGAGGAAGAGUUUUAUACCGAGGGGUCCGACGAUCUCUUACUAGCGCGUCGUCAUAUUGCGGCUUUUUCACUGUCGCGUGCCAAAGCACGUACGGCACAGCAGCGAUGGGAGGCGCAGGUGCCUUUGCAGGAUGUGGCCGCCAUGCGCAAAGCCGUUCUGGAGCCUUUGAAGACGUACCAAUCGCUCGGUGCACAAGUAGCGGGGUCGCGGCCCAUUUCCAUGGUGCGCUACUCGCCUGACUCGUCGAUGCUUGCGACGGGCAGUUGGUCCGGGGCAGCGGCGCUCUGGUCUAUGCCGAAUGCCAAGGCGAUCCGUACUUUGCAUGCUCAUGAGGAUCGCGUAGCUGGCCUGGCAUGGCACCCACAAGCGACACUCUCGCAGUCGAAAGAGAGUGUGAACCUGGCUACCGGCGCGGGCGACGGGCUUAUUUGUACUUGGUCGCUGGGAUCGGAGCAGCCUUUGCAGCGUCUUCAAGGCCACGAGGCACGUGUGUGUCGUAUUGCGUUCCAUCCCAUGGGACGGUAUCUAGCAAGUGCCUCGUUUGAUGGGACAUGGCGUAUGUGGGAUGUGGAACGUGGCACAGAGCUCCUUUUGCAAGAAGGCCAUAGCCGCGAAGUGUAUGCGGUGGAUUUCCAAAACGACGGUGCUCUUUUGGCGUCAGGCGGAUUGGAUGCGAUUGGUCGUGUGUGGGAUACACGUACGGGACGCACAGCCAUGGUCCUAGAUGGGCAUGCCCGCGAAAUUCUGUCCAUGGCGUUUGCGCCGAAUGGCUACCAAGUGCUCUCCGCCUCAGGCGACGAUACGGUGCGCGUUUGGGACCUACGAACGCUCAGCAGCCUAUAUACCAUUCCCGCGCACAGGAGCUCGGUAGCGGAUGUGCGGUUCUUCCAGGCGGCGGAUGAACGUCCACGUAGGCCUGUGCCUUGGUGGCAGGAGGAUGCCCAGGAGGAUGUCUCAAUGGAUGUGGACGUGCAGCCGACGUCGACGCCGACGCCGACACUGCGCCGCUCUGGCACGUACUUUGCUACAGCCGGGUACGAUGGAUAUGUCAAGCUUUGGAGUGCCGAUGAUUGGCAGCUUGUCAAGUCGCUCAGUGGCGACGCUGGCAAAGUAAUGAGCGUCGAUAUCAGUGCGGAUGGCCAGUACCUCGCCAGUGGCGAAUGGGCUCGCACGUUUAAGCUAUGGGGCGCACUGUAG